CGUUGAGAAGCUCGCGCUGACGUAGGCGGAAGUUCCGACUAAGUGUUUACAAAUGUGAGGAAGAACGACCACAUUUCCAAGCGUCUUUGUUUCCGUUUAUCGUUUAAAAUGCCCCUCUCGUGUGCCUAUCCGAUGUGUUUUAAAAUCCUAAAGUGUAAAAGGGUUUAUUCGCCAGGACAGAAGGUUUUAACGUUUCACAGGUUUCCCGUACACAACCCCGCGCGACUGAAACAGUGGCUGCUCGCGCUGCACUUGGACAUCAACACGCCUGAGCACGCGCUCGCCAGUAAGAGAGUGUGCAGUGACCACUUCUCCGACGAGGACUUCAAACCCUCUCAGAUAGGAGAUCGCCGCUUUCUCAAACUGUCUGCUGUGCCCAAAACGUGCUUACAGCAAACAGGGUCGACACCAGUAAAGCAACAGGACACUGAUCCAGGAACGGCCAGGAGAGAGUUUGCAGAUUAUCCUAACCUUCGUUUAAUCCUCACGAGUCCUCAAAGUGUUGGAAACAGGAAAACACCCCCAUCAUCAUCAUCAUCAUCAUCAUCAUCUGGAAUAUAUUUCGCCCGCCCUGUAAUACACUCCCUCCAGUCUCCGCCUGAGUAUGAUCUACCAGAAGUGAAGGAAGAGAGCGUGGAGUUUAACGUUAGCCUGCUUUCCGUAGAUCCUCCGUCGGACAACAAAGAUCUGGGUUUUCAGACACAGAGUCCGACACACACAGAUGAAGAAAGAGAGGAGGAUGAGGAGGACAAUGAAACGUAUUGGAAUCAGAGAGAAUGGGUCAUCAACGAGCCCAGUGUCAUGGAGCUGUUCAAGAGAUGUCAGCAGUGUGGAUCCGUGAUCACGAAGAUCAGGGAAACGACUGUGGGAAGUGUUCUUUUCGUUUACUGGGAAUGUGAGAAAUACCACAUAGGACAGUGGAGCUCAUGCGGUGUUGUUAGCUAAUGUGUGUGUGUAAUAAUACGAGUAUAUAUAUUUGUACCUUCAUACUCUGUGUAUGUAUGAGUGUGCCUGUGUGUAUACUAGGAUAUAUAGGUUCAUAUUUUGAUUUUUGUACUUUAAAAAAACUGUUUAACUCUACGCUGCUGUCUGGAGAGGACUGCUCUCACAGAGAUUUGUUGUAUUGCAAUGACAAUAAAGAUCUAUCUAAUCUGUCUA